AUGGCUACAAGCCCAACCCUAACCCUAAACCCCCUCCACCUCCCACCCCCGUCCCAAACCAAACUCCACCACCUCUCCUCCCUCCUGCACCUCUUCGCCCACCGCAACAAAAACCAACACCGCCGCUCAAUCUGGUGGCACCCCUUCUCCCUCUUCCGCCGCGAACUCCUCCACCUCACCACCUCCAUCACCCAAUACACCCUCCUCCCCACAACGCACCUCGCCCGCACCCGAAAACUCACCACCGACGCCGCCUUACUCGCCACCACCGAAAAACGAAUGAUCUUCUGGAGGGAAAUCCUGGUCCCAAAAUGGCAUUUCGCGUUCAGCCAGGUUGUCGCGGAUGGGAGGUUUGCGGUGUUGGGGGUGGUGUUGAUGGCUGUGUUGGGGGAGGUUUGUGCGGUGUGUGGGAUUACGGGGGGGUAUGAGGAGAUGGGGGAGAGGGAGGUUGAGAGGGUGUUGGAGAGGUUUGCGGGGGAGGAGUGGGGGCUUGAUGGGAGGGGUGGGUUGGGUGGGAGGGAGGAGAGGAUGGGUGGGGAGGACAGGGGGGAGGUUGUGCGUAGGGGGGAGGAGGAGGAGGAUGAGGUGGGAGAGAGGACGCCUGCGCCGAAAGCGAAGAGUGUUAUUGUUGGAGAAGAGGCAGCCAAGGAGUCGGGCUUGAAGAAGCGGGCGAAAGAGGAAUCAGCAGCGGGGUCUCCGGCACCAAGGGCCGACUUGAAGCGACCACGAGAAAAGACAGCAAAGGACUCAAGUCCAUCACUCAAACCAAGCAAGAAGAAGAAACGCAAAAAAGGCGGAGAUGCAAUCGACGACCUCUUCGACUUUUGA